GGAGCAAAAUAAGAAAAGAAGAAAGAGAGAGAACAUAAUAAUCAAGGUUAUCAUCAUGGACGCAGGUGCAUCGUUAUCCCCCGCUGCGGCACACGCGGAGGUGACCGGGACACUGCAGCUGGUCCGUUUCGCCUACGCCUACGUGCGGCCGCAGCUCCGCGCGAUCGUUUCCACCGUGCUCUUCAUGAUCGGGGCGACAAUACUCAGCAUUUCCAUCCCGGUUCUCGCGGAGGAAAUCGUCUCGUACGGCACGGAGACGGUCACCAAGACGGUGAGCGGCGUGGUGCACGUCGACAACGCCACCGCUGCGACGGGUGUGAACGGAGCACAGGAGACGACGGCUGGCAGUGGACGGGUAAGAAGCUACCUCAUUGAUAUUGGACCGUUCAGCGAGCGGCUCCUGAAGCCGUUCCUGCCCCUUCUCUUCUCCGUGCUUCGGCGCUUCUACGACGGCGUUGGCGACGGCGUGUUGGCGUGGCCCAGCCCCUACGUGGAGGGUAUUCUGUGUCGCUGUGGCUUGAUGGGGUUGGCGGUGCUGUGCUACCACCUCACGUCCCUCACCGCGCACCUCGCCGCGUACCACGCGGGGAUGGGGGCGCAAAGUGCACUCGUUCAAGACAGCGUCUCCCGCAUUCUUCACACGCAGUUCCCCGAGCGGGUGGCGAUCGUGAAUGCGGUGAAGCUGGCGCAGAUCGUCACGGCAAGCGGCAGUGCGCUGAGUGACACCGUUGGGGACCUCUUAACGAACGUGCUGUCCCGUGCGAUGUACGUGGUGGGCUUCUUUGCGGUGAUGCUGUACUUAUCGUACCAGCUCACCCUUACCAUCUUAGUGGGCGUGGUGGCGGUGCAGUGCCUCUUCUUUUUCGAAGGGCGCGCCCUGCACCGCCAAGGCAGCCGCGUCACGGCAGAGGAGUCGAGUACGCAGGCCUUUAUUGCCAACAUUCUGCAGCGCAACGAAACUAUUUUUGUUUUCAAGAGUCGCGAUUUUGUGCUGACCCGUAUGGCGGACCGUCUUGCCCGUGUGCGCCGCCUCAACAACGGACUGAAGGGGAGCAUUCACGGCUUCGCCGCACUUAGCUCCAGCAUGACGCGGCUCAUCCUUGUGUUGGCCCUUGGUUUGUCGAACUACUACCAGCAGAAGGGUCAGCUUGAUAUGCGGCACACGGUGCUGUACUUUGCGUGCUUUCAGUCGCUUGUGAACAUGCUCGCGGCGCUGUCGUCGGACGUCAACAAAACGAGUGCAACGCUGGGCCGCUUGAAGACGUUAGAGGCGAUGCUCCGGUGGUACUCCGAGCCGCUCCCCAUCACCGCUGCGGACGGCAAAAGUGGAGGUAGUGGGAAGGUCGAUUCUUUAACCAAGGGGGAAACGACGAGGGCGGUUGUCGAUGUUCAAGCAUCCAGCACCGCACCUGUGUCCUUGGAAGACGUUAGCUUCAAAUACCCUGCCAUCCCAGCGUUCUUCAGCGAAGGCGGUGCUGACGGUGCUGGCGCGGUGGUGGCUGUUGUGGAGGACUCCUUGAGCGCGUCCGUGGGGGCUCGUCACAUCAACGGCAUCGCGAACGUCAGCUUUUCGGCGCAGAUAGGCGGUAUCACCGCGCUCUACGGACCCAGUGGAUCUGGCAAGAGUACCUGCCUGCGCAUGCUGUGUGGUCUUGUGCGCCCCCACUCAGGCACCGUGCAUACACAGCGCGGCGCUAUUCUGCUGGAGCAGCAGCACGCUAUUUUCAUUGGCACCGUGGCCGAGAACAUCUUAUUAGCAGACCUCACCGCGCUGGGAGACAAGACAAGCGCGGCGUCUGCGUAUUCGACGGAGGUGCGACGGCGUGUAUCGGACGCCGCGGAGAAGAGCGGGUGUGCCAGUUUUCUCAGCAACCCUUUCGGCACGUUAAUUGAAAGCAUCGACCAUCCGCAGUUUAGCGGCGGCCAGCUGCAGCGCAUUGCCCUCGCCCGCGUCUUCGCUCAAACGGCCGGGUAUUCGCUGGUGCUUCUGGAUGAGCCGACCUCUGGUUUGGAUAAGAGCGCGGUGGAGGUGCUGCUGGGGACGCUGAAGGACCUGCGAGAUGUGCACCACAAGACGGUGCUCAUUUCAACGCACGACCACCGCGUGGCCGAGAUCGCGGAUAAGGUGGUGGAUCUCUCAAGCAGAGGGAUGCAAAUGUAG